AUGCCUGUCACUUGCAGCUUUUCCCCCAAGACCCCGGGAGGGGGGCAGAGGCCCCCGGCACACCUCGGCCUGCGCUCCCGGCUGGACUGGAGGCAGGUGCUGGUCCUGGGGCUGGACGGAGCAGGGAAGAGCAGCGUCCUGCACUACAUCUGCAGUGAGACAGCCAAGGAGCGCAUCGCGCCCACGCACGGCUUCAACUCUGCCCGGCUGCACACUGAGGGGCUGGAGAUGGACCUACUGGAGGGUAAGGCGCAGCCCGGCUCGCCCCCGCGCUGGGCGCUGAGCCAGGCCCACGUGCUGGUGUUCGUGGUGGACUCGGUGGACAGGUCGCGCCUCCUCACCGCGCGCCAGGAGCUGCACGCGCUGCUGGCUGAGGAGCCCCGGCUGCCCCUGGUUGUGCUGGCCAACAAGCAGGACAAGAGCGAUGCCCUGAGCGCGGCGGAGCUGCACGACGAGCUGGCCCUGCACACCCUCGACGGCCAGCGGGAGUUCUUCCUCCUGCCCACCAGCGCGACCUGGGCCAGCCUCAGCAGCGCCACCAGUGUCCUCCACGUCAAGAGCCUGCUGGUCACCCUGCUCUCGCAGCCCUGAGUCCUCAGGGUGCCCACUCAGACUCCCAGCCCUGGGAGCUCCCCUUUCGGGGAUUGUAGUGCUGGGACAGAGACAGCGGGAUGCGAGCAGCCAGGGGCUUCGUCUCACCGUUAUCUGCUGACCCUGCGCUAUUUUUGCUGCACCCUGAGAGGAUGGAGGUAGAGCUCAGGUGCCAGCUGCCCUCAGGGAACACGAGCAGCAGCCUCUGGCCUCUGCCAGGGGGAGAGGGGCAGCCACCUUGCCCAACUCAGAGCAAAGCCUCCCUUGAGACAGAGGCACAAGCACGGCUUUUACCUCCAGGUUAGCAGAGAGGGUACAGCAUGGGGCAGGGCCUUGUGCCUUCACAGCAGCCAAGCAGGUUAUGAAAUGAAUGAGGUUAAAGAACUGAACCAGGCCCCUUGACUGUCGGCACAGACCGGCUCCCCCAGGAUGGCGGAGAGGGCACAGAGCAGAGUGGCAGUGCCCACAAGGAAGCUUUCACGGAGGGGAGCAAUUCCCUCACCCCACUGGGCCAGAGCCAGUUGCCUGGGGCAGGGCUGUUUGUGAUGCCCCUCAGAUGCAGUUUCUUCUGCCAGCUGGGUCCCCAGAGUCUCCGUGCAGAGGCAUGCCUGAUAGCAGGGUGACGCAUCCCCUCACUUGCACGAGGGAUGGGAAGAGAUGAUAGCCAGCAGCAUAUGGUGCAGGGCAGGGGGGAACUGCUGGUCCAUGUUACCCAUGCUCUGCAGAAGAGCGCUACCCCUCAGCUCCCGGGGUUGUUCAGAGCAGCAGUCCCAACAGAGGAACACUCUUGGCAGAUUUCCUGAACUGAUAAAAGGUUACGUGUACUUCCUGAGAAACAUGCUGAGUAACUGCUUACACAGCCCUGUGUCACAGCCCUGCCACCCCAGCCAGUCAGACAGGGCCAGCAUCACGCACACCAGUGGGAAUAACCAGUUUGGUCUGCCACUCACCUGGGGUAGGAGGCCCAGUUCUCAGCAGUUCCCCAGACUUUGUACUUAAAGCCCUGCAAAAGAGAGGCAAAAGCAGGUAUCGGGCAGCCCUGCGCUAACCCCUCACCCUGAGCAGGGACAAGGUGUUGUUUGGUAGGAAUCUCCCCCAGCAGGAGUUUGCCCGUCCUCUGGUCUCCCUCCCUCUCAGCUGCCCCAGGGGAAGGGGAAGGAGCCAGGCUCAGGGACUGCACAAGCUCUGCCUGCCUGUGGAAAGGCUGCUGGUUAGGCCGCAGUACGUGUGGCCCUGGAAAACCAAUAGGGGAAGCUGGAGAACGCAUCAUGGAGAAGGGGUAUGCGCUGGCUGGACUAUACUGUGAAAUCUUGUGUACAGUGACUUCUUUCAAUAAAGGAGACUGAUGACCCUG